UUAUUCAUAGUAUAUAAUGAAACUAAAAUGUAGCUACUUUUGCUAAAAUAGUUACAAUACAAGUGGAAAACGAGACAGAUUAUUAUUGUUGAACACAUUCCUUCAUUAUGAUUAUUAUAAUGUUUAAAAGUACACUAGCUAAAAUGUAAUACUGCAAGACGUUCCCUAAAUAGUCAGCACUUUUUAGAAAAAAUAAUAAAAGCAAGUAUUGCAAGUCAGCACAAUGAAGUAUGGAUUUUGUGAUCUAAAUGUUCGCGAAUCUUCGCAAUUCAUUGAGAACUUGGCAAAUGUUAAACAAUUAAUAUCAUUGGGCUAUAACUGUGUAGCCAUUAACAGAAUCCAUCCUAUUCCUGAAAACAAAACAAAAGAUUCAUCAGCUGUUGGAUAUGUAAACACUAUGAGAAAUUUGCUACAAAAAAUAAAUGAUGCAUUGAAUAUAAUCAAAGAAUCUGCCAAUGAAGAUUUAGUAAUUCCGUCAAACUUCAAACUGCUAUCAAGACUAACCAUACCACUUAACAGUGUAGAUCAGUUAGGGUUCCUUCGGAGGGGUUAUUUUAAUCAAAUUUUUAAUGGGUUUGAUUUAAUUGCAAUAGUUCCAGAGAAUGAAAAAGUAUUUAAAUCGUUAAUGGAGGGAAAGUUUGAUAUUGAUAUUGUUUCUUUGCCAAUGGAAGGAAAGUUGCCCUUUAAGCCCACUAAAGAAAGCAUGGGACUUGGUAUUUCGAAAGAGUACGCAUUUGAAAUUUGUUAUAGCACUGCCAUAAAAAGUGUGUCUUUGCGAAAAUACAUUUUUCAAAAUGGGAAGCAACUAGUUGGAAAGACUAAAAAAGGACGAGGAAUUAUUUUUUCAAGUGGUGGUAACUGCUGGAUGGAUUUUAGAUCUCCAUUAGAUAUUGUCAAUCUUGCUAAUUUAUUUGAUUUAAAAAACUCUGCAUGCUACGAUGUUGUGAAGCUAAAUUGCGAAAGGGUUGUUGCUCAUUCGGUUUUACGGAAAACAACAUUCAAAGGGAUGGCGAGUGUAGAAAUAUGUAAUGAAGAUGAUGGACCAAGUGCUAAGCGAAAGAAAUCUAAUGUAUGAUGUCAUAAUAUGUAAUUAUUUUAUUUGGGAAGUUCGUGAUACAUAAACAUACAAAAUUUGUCACCAGCCCACUAAAAACAUUUAUUCAUUUUUUAAGAAUGAAAAUGUUCUAUACUUGAAAAAAGGGCAAGAAUGUUUUUUUUAUAAAUUGGAAUAUCAAAUUAGAGUAAGAAUUCAGAAAGGCAGAAACUACCUUUUCUGAUUUUUUAUAUAUGUGAGUGUUCUACUCUACUAUUUUUUUCCUUAGUUACAAGACCAACCACAUAUUAUGUCAAGGUUGACUAAUUUUUUUUUUCAAGAAAAACUUUGAGUUCUUAGGUACAGCAUAUAUGAUUCUAAAUCGGCCUGAAAUAUUUGAAAAGUUUGCAUUCAUGCAAAAGCAAUUUGGUGUCCUUUAUUAGCCCUGUUUUUAUUGAUUAAAUCAUAUGGUAAAAUCUGUAGCUUUGUGUUACUUGAAUAAUAUGUAUAGAUUA